UGACCUUGUUCUUAGAAGACUCUAUACAUAUGCACGUUACUUUGAUUUAUAGUACAACUGCAAUAUCUAUCCCAACCACACUUCAAAGUUUCAUUAACAGAUGUUUUCAACUAAGGUUUCAAUCAUGGCUGUUUACAACCUCACGAUCAAACAUUUUCGAUUUCGACAGCUUUCCAUCCUCUUUUCUCUAUUUAUGUUCACCAAUUUCUUCUCUGUACUAACCCCAUUUACAUUUGCAAGUGCCUUGUCCUUCAACUUUCCUAGUUUUAGUUUUUCAGACCUUAACAUAUCAUAUGAACAGAACGCUUACGCUGAUGAACACGAAGUCAUUCAACUCACGGGCAACGUGGCAUGGCAGGUGGGUCGAGCCACGUAUUUCAGACCCAUGCACCUGUGGGACAAGAACUCUAGAAAACUCACAGAUUUCGCUACGCAUUUUUCCUUUGUCAUUGAUUCGCAGAAUCAAAAUUACUAUGCAGACGGGAUGGCCUUCUUCCUCGCACCUAACGGUUCCAAAACACCUACAGGUACCAAAGGUGGCUAUCUGGGUCUCUUUGACCUAAACUCAACGAGUAAUCGUUUUGUUGCGGUGGAGUUCGAUAUUAUGAGCAAUGAAUGGGAUCCGCCUGAGGUACAUGUAGGUAUUGAUAUCAACUCUAUGAAAUCUUUUGCUAAUGCGUCAUGGUUGAGUAAUAUUACUAUUAUGGAGGGGAAAAUAAAUGAAGCUUGGAUUAGUUACAAUUCUAGCUCAUAUAAUUUGAGUGUUGUCUUCACUGGUUUUAAAAACAAUGUUGUUGUAAAUCAGUCACUUUCUUAUACUGUUGACUUGAGAAUCCACCUACCUGAAUGGGUCACUUUUGGAUUCUCAGCCGCAACAGGCUAUAAUUAUGCUAUACAUACUAUUCAUUCUUGGAAUUUUAGUUCAAGUUUGGAAAUUGACAAUAACAAUACCGACCCAAAUGGCCCCAAUCCAGUCCUCCCAAGCUCUAGGCUCAUCAGAACAUGGAAAUUGCCCGUGUUCGUCAUUGUUGGUGUAUUUAUUUUGGUUGGUGGGUUGGCCACAGUUCUAUUUGCCUUGUGGAAGAGAAAACGGAGGGGUAAUGAAGAUGAUGAUGCCCUUGAUGAAGAAUUUAAAAGGGAAGUCGGACCUAGGAGGUUUUCGUAUGAUGAAUUGGCUCGUGCGACAAACGAUUUCAACAGCAAAGAAAAGCUUGGCCAAGGAGGAUUUGGUGAGGUUUAUAAGGGAUUUUUAAGGACCUUAGACUCUAUUGUUGCUAUCAAAAGGGUAUUAGAAGGGUCUAAACAGGGCAUAGGGGAGUAUGUAUCUGAAGUAAAAAUUAUCGGUCAAUUGAGACAUAAGAAUUUAGUGCAACUCAUUGGAUGGUGUCAUGAAAAAAGUAAAGGACAACUAUUACUCGUUUAUGAUUUCAUGCCCAAUGGAAGUUUAGAUUCACAUCUUUUUAGAGAAGAUACCUUAUUGGUAUGGGAAGUGAGGUACAAAAUUGUACAAGACUUGGCCUCAGCCUUGCUUUACUUGCAUGAAGAAUGGGAAAGUUGUGUGUUGCAUAGGGACAUAAAAUCAAGUAAUAUUAUGCUUGAUUCAAAUUUCAAUGCCAAACUUGGGGAUUUUGGAUUAGCUAGGCUUGUGGACCAUGCUAGGGGAUCACUAACUACUAAUUUGGCAGGUACCCAGGGCUAUAUGGACCCAAGAUGUGUCAUAACCCGAAAGGCAAAUAAAGAAUCAGAUAUCUAUAGUUUCGGAAUUGUUGCAUUGGAGUUAGCUUGUGGAAGAAAACCAGUCAUACACGAGGCCCCAGAAGAUCAAAUAGUCAUGUUGGAGUGGGUUCGGGAGCUCCAUGGAAGAGGAGAAGUACUUCUUAAUGCGGCUGACCAAAGGUUGGGUGGAAAUUUUGAUGAACAACAAAUGAAGUGUUUGUUGAAUGUAGGGCUUUGGUGUGCUCACUCUGAAUAUGAUCGUAGGCCUUCAAUAAGGGAAGCAAUUCAAGUGCUCAAUUUUGAAGCUCCAUUGCCUCUUCUUCAAUUAGAUACCCCUCUGUCAUUAUAUCGUACUCCAACAGUGAAUGAAGCUACAACUUUGCUUUCAACCUCUAGUGGUGCUACUAAUUCUACAAAAUGACAUCACCAAUUCUUUGUAGUUUAAAGCACACUUUGUUGCUUAUCCACCUACAUUGCUUUUUUUUUUUUUUUUGUUUGUUACAAGUUAAACUUGUUUUUAUUGAACUUAAGUAAGAGUGUUAUAUGUUGAGUGAGUGCAGAAUAAAUGUAAGGUGUUUAUUUUAAAUUGUGUAAUAAAUGAAAUUGAUUUUAGAGUUA